AUGGACUUUUUUGCCAUGCUCAACCAACGGCAGCUGGACCAGAAUAGUGAACUCCGCAGACUGUACCGCGUCUCUGCGUGUUACGCGACGGCGGCACUCGUGUCCCUGCUGCUAGCAUCCGUCACGCUUUGCACAGAAGUCUCAUCUGAGAUGCGAAAAGGUGCUUUCUGGGCCACUGUGUCGUCGCUUGUAUUUUUAAGCUUUACUAUCAUAGCCUACACCAUGAUGAUGCGGGCACUCAAUGUUCUGAGUACCAGCCGCUUUAUCCUUUCGCCCGCCUAUGCGUCGCCUCGUUUCUUCCCUUCGGCUUUUUUUAUCUCAUUGCCCCAGGAUGUUUUCACAUGUAGACGACGCCUCUUACUUGUAUAUGCUCCACUGCUCCUCACUCUUCUGUGUCUUUAUGCUGGAAUUGUCGCAAGGUCCUACAGUAUCUAUUUGUGUUCCCUGCUGCUGCUUGUAGUGUGCUUCUGUGUCUUGUGGAGCAUUUUAAGCCGUAUGGUGAACUCCGCACGGUUGUGA